AUGGUGUCCCCCGUGGUGUACUUGGCGGUGGCAGCUCUGCUUGUCGGGCUUAUUCUCUUCCUGACUCGCAGCCGGGGCCGGGCGGCAGCAGCUGUCCAAGAGCCUUUGCACAAUGAAGGGGAACCAGCAGUAGCAGGCCAAGUGGCUCGGCCUCAGCCCCUAGAGCCCGAGGAGCAGAGAGCCGUGGGCAGGCCCCGGCGCCGGAGAGACCUGGGCAGCCGCUUACAGGCCCAGCGUCGAGCCCAGCGAGUGGCCUGGGCCGAUGAGAAUGAGGAGGAGGCCAUCAUCCAAGCCCAAGAGGAAGAAGACAUAGAGAAGCCAGUGGAAACUCACUUGUCCGGGAAAAUUGGAGCCAAGAAACUACGGAAGCUGGAGGAGAAACAAGCACGAAAAGCCCAGCGUGAGGCAGAGGAGGCUGAGCGUGAGGAACGGAAACGCCUUGAGUCACAGCGUGAGGCAGAGUGGAAGAAGGAGGAAGAACGGCUUCGCCUGGAGGAGGAACAGAAGGAAGAGGAGGAGAGGAAGGCCCAAGAGGAGCAGGCCCAGCGGGAGCAUGAAGAGUAUCUGAAACUGAAGGAGACCUUCGUGGUGGAGGAGGAGGGUGUGGGCGAGACCAUGACUGAGGAGCAGUCCCAUAGCUUCCUGGCUGAAUUCAUCAACUACAUUAAGCAGUCCAAGGUCGUGCUCUUGGAAGACCUGGCUUCCCAGGUGGGCCUGCGUACUCAGGACACCAUAAACCGCAUCCAGGACCUGCUGGCUGAGGGGACUCUUACAGGUGUGAUUGACGACCGGGGCAAGUUCAUCUACAUAACCCCGGAGGAACUGGCUGCGGUGGCUAACUUCAUCCGACAGCGGGGCCGGGUGUCCAUCACUGAGCUUGCCCAGGCCAGCAACUCCCUCAUCUCCUGGGGCCGGGAGCCCCCUGCUCAGGCCCCAGCGUGA